UCGUCGGGUACGCGGUGUAAACGUCGUCGCGGUUCGUGUGCGUCACUCGCGUCACCUCUUUGGUUCCGUCGUGCAACAUCUCGCCGCGGUUUCGUCGACGACCGUUUCUAACCGUUCACGGUGGUCGACGACAAACUCUGUUGCGCGACAUCGCGCGUCUAGUCCGAUCUCCGAGUGUGCUUCGAUUUCAUCAGUGAUAGAAAGAGAGAGAGGGUCACCAGACAGCAUACGCGUCGUUGAGGAGAACUUGUGGUUGACUCGACUGUUCACGAGGGGCAGCCGAGCUGCCCUCGUGAGGCAGCAUAGGCCGGCCAGAACGCACGGACCUGUCCGCAACGAGAACGAUCACGAGGUCGCGCAGGCCGGUAUCGGGUGACACCGAGCCAAUUGUCAUGGACACGGUUAUUCGAGUGGUUGUGCACAGUGAAAUUGUUUGCUACGCGUACACGGUCCAACGUACUGCUCCGUGAGACCCAGUAAGUUUCCUCCAGUGACAGUGAUCGCACGCGGGACGCGUGAUUCACCUGGCCGAUCCUGGAUCGACGGGACGUUCCUCGUCGGCUGGUGUUUCCGACAGCCGGUCGAGAGAGUCCGGGAACCGCGAGUCUAGUAUGUACUGACCUCGCGGUAAGUGUGUCCACGGUUCAUCGUAUCCACGUGGGCAGGGUGUGUGUAUCGAGACGAAACGAGACGGAACGACGAUCGUUCCGAACGGCCGAGAGAGCCGUCUCGGUACCAUAAACAAAAAAAAUAAAGAAGAAAAGAAAAACAAUAAACAUACUCCGUACGAACGCUGUGACCACAACGUUGUCGACGUGUGUUUCGUAGAGACAAACAUAGUCGGGCGCCCUUCGUACACUCCAUGGACCACGGAGCGAUGGAUAGUUCUUCCGACCACAGUAGCCGCGCCAGUCCCGUAACCGGCAGCCCGAAGCAUCCCCAUAGUCCGUCGGCGCAACAUAGCCAGCAGCAACAGCUUCACGGUUCUCACAGUCAACCACCGCCGUCGCAUCAGCAACCCCAUCCACGGGACCAGUUACGCGAACAACAAUCGCAACAGCAUCGCGGCGUUCCCACGCCGGGUUCGCCAACGAGAGGUUCGCCACCUCAGGGACUUCCGUUGAGUCCACCGCCACUUUCCGCCGGUGGUACACCGGGCGCGCCGCCAGGUAUGGUGCCACGUAUGCCGGGUCUACCGCCACCCGGGCUAGGGCUGCUGGGACAGCUCGGUGGCAUGUUAAGCGGCCACCAUGGCUCGCCUCUCGAGCUGAUGGCCGCUCAUCACGCGGUAAUGCCACCAAGAUCCUAUAAUAGUCCGCCACCGAUCAGCACCAGCGAUCCGACCGCGAACGAAUGCAAGCUGGUCGACUAUCGUGGCCAGAAGGUCGCCGCUUUCAUCAUAGCCGGGGACACUAUGCUUUGCCUGCCGCAGGCGUUCGAGCUGUUCCUAAAGCAUCUCGUCGGCGGACUGCACACCGUCUAUACGAAACUGAAGAGGCUCGAUAUAGUGCCGUUGGUGUGCAACGUCGAGCAAGUUAGGAUUCUACGGGGACUCGGGGCCAUUCAGCCGGGCGUCAACCGGUGCAAGCUACUCAGCUGCAAGGACUUCGACAUACUCUACAGAGACUGCACCACGGCCAGCUCCAGGCCAGGAAGACCACCGAAGAGGGCCUCCGUCGGUCUGAGCCUAGCAGCCAGCCACCUGGCCGCGGCGACCGGUCACCAUCCCCAGCACUCGUUGAAGAAGCACAGAAUGGACAACGGGGAUUACUACGAGAACGGGCAUUUGGACGUCCCGAGGAUGGAGAAGUCGCCGUUGUUGGCGAACGGUUACAAUCAUCCGCCCACCCACCUGAGUCACAUGCAGUUCAUGCAAUUGGGCGGCCAUCCAGGCGCGGGACACACAGCGAUCCUGUCGCCUGCUAGUCUGCCGCACCACCUGCAGGCCCAGGCACAGGCGCGGGCCGAACAGGGGUUGAAAGUCAAUCCGAACAUGUCGAACAUGGAGGCCCUCGCGAGAUCCGGAACGGUUUGGGAAAACUGCCGAGCUGCCUACGAGGAUAUCGUCAAGCAUCUCGAAAGGCUCCGCGAGGAGAGAGGAGACGCCGAGAGGGCACUCGCUUUGGACCAAAAACCCAGGGACCUGAGCUCGCACAAUGGUUCGUCGAACGGGCACAGUCCCGUCCUGAACCUGUCAAAGACAGCGGGAAGCGGAAGCGUGGGCGAGCACUCCGGAAGCGAGGCGGAGGCGUCGCAUCGUUCGCAGGACGACGAGGAUGAGGACGAUAAUCUGUCGGAGGACCUGGACGACGACAACGAGAAGGACGAAGAUCUGUCGGACGUUCCGGAGAACCUUCCGCUGGCCGCGCCCGGUUCGGAAAGUCCCCAGGCCCUCAACUACUCGCAGAUCGCCUCCGCGGCGGUGGCCGUGUCCCAGGGAGGCCAGGAUCCCUCGGUCUCGAGUACGGAGACCCUGCUCAGGAAUAUCCAGGGCCUACUCAAGGUCGCGGCCGACAACGCGAGGCAGCAGGAGAGGCAAAUCAACUACGAGAAAGCCGAGCUGAAGAUGGACGUGUUACGGGAGAGGGAAGUGAAAGACAGCCUCGAGCGUCAGCUUCAGGAUGAACAGAAGGUCCGAGUGAUAUACCAGAAACGGUUAAAGAAGGAACGAAGAGCAAGAAAACGUCUGCAGGAGCAAUUGGACUUGGAGAUCAAGAGGCGCACGCAGCUCGAGGAGGCGUUGAAGGCGACGGGGGCGUCCACGGAGCAAGUCAGAGCGAUCACCGAAAACGUGACGGUAGAGGCGCGCACGAGUUCGGAGCCACCAGAGGCAAGUCCGGUGCACUCGCAGUCGCAACAGCAACCGUCGCAACAACAGUCGUCCCAGCAACCCCUUCAGCAGCAACAGCAGGCCCAACAGUACAGAGAAGCCACGGUGCCGCGUCCUUCCCAGCAACCCUCCACCCCCGAGAAACCGGCAUGGGGUUACGGGCUUGACCUGAUCGGCAGCCAGGCCUCGGCUUUCUGGCAGAACUACCAAGAAUCGCUGGUGCAGGAGCUCGAGCUGGAGAGAAAAUCGCGGCAGCACCAGGCGGCCGAGAGGGACCAGGUCAAGUCUCCUCUUCAAGAAUCCCGAACGGGUUACUACAAGAACUCCGUGCUGUUCACGAGCGCGACCUAGAAGAGGCUUGAGGACGGCAGAAGAGUGGCAGCAGCGGCAGCAGCAGCGGCAGCCGAACGUCUAGCGAGCAGCCAGAACGAGUGACGAUCAUCGAGACACGAGGGAAACGACGAGCCGUGUGACGACGACACCCCAGAGUUCCGUUGGAAGUGACCACGAACCGAGAGGUGAAGAGUAACGAGCGAACUGUUCGGUCGUCGGUUAUUCGUCGAGUGAUUCGCGAGGCUGAAACGAACGAGCACGAGAAUAGAGGUCCGCCACGGGGGAAGGUGUGUGAUCGCGGACGACGAUGCCUUUCGGAGUGUGUGACAUAGAGACAAAAAUGGGACAGACGCCGUUCGUGUAUCGUUGAACCCGCGGGAAAAGAAAAACCCAGUGAUUCGUGGAAAUAUCGUAAGAACACUCGCGAUUUUAACGAAGGGAAACGUUAGGGGAAUAAAGGGAAUCGUUCGGCUCGAGACAUCGAUCGAACCGAGACGAUCGAAUAUCGAGGGUCUUCGGUCGGUCCUGCGAUCCAAAUUCGGAGAGACUCGAGUCGGUGGAUAUACACACAUACACAUAUCAACGAGGCGGGAUAUAUCAACGUUCUCCGAUCCCGCGUUCGAUCCGAGACCGAUCGAAGGUCCGAGGCACACACAGACAUACACACACACACGUUCCGUAGCGAAAUCGUAUAUACGCGUACGCGAAUUGUGUAUACCAGGGGUCCGUGGACGACGUCGAUCGCGGAAAAAUCGCGUGCGUGACUUUUCGUCUAUUCUGGAGAAAGUCGAAAUGAGUCCACGGUCGAAGGAGUUAGGCGAAGAAGCGAGGGGAGACGAGGAAAAAAAUAUUUCUAAAGACUGCUUGAGAGUGCGUGCGCGCGCGUGCAUGCGUUCCUAGAGGUACCUAUCCACCCCAUUUAUCGAGAGCGACUUUCAAUUAGGUAAUUGUGUUAAGCUGUAUACACACACACACACACAGACACACGGACGAUCGGGCGACGACCGCGUCGGUUUCGAGUAUUAUUAUCAUUAUUAUUAAUAUUAUUUCCCCUCCGGAGCGGUGGUACCAAGGCGAGCCCGAUCGUCGGAUCCCCGCGUCGUCUCGCGGGCUCGAUCGUUAAACGAUCAGUGGUCCUCUACGACCACCUAGGAACCAGAAGGACCGUCUUCGUUUCGGCCGAAACGGAGGAUCCGGGCAAGGACGGUACAACGUUACCUCGAUCAACGAGGAAACUUCCUUCCUGGUGUCCCAGCGAAGAGCCGCGACUCGAUUCUUCUGUAUCAUAUAGUACGAGUGAAGCCCGAGUGAAUGAGCGCGCAUCGCUGAGCGAGAAUGAGAGAGAGAGAGAGAGAGAGAGAGAGAGAAAGAGAAAGUACCACGAGAGAAUAAAGUCUUGCGAGUGAUCGACGAAUUUAACAAAACAGGUAAAGAAAGAAAAAAGGAAGUGCGUGUGGAAAAACUUCAGUAAAGAUGAAUAGUCGUAGAAUGCGUAGGAAAUGCUUGGAGGCGCGAGACGAAAAAAAAAGGGGGGAUGGGGGGUAGGGGCGUACGAGAACGGAGAAACAACGGAGGGAUUCUCCCGAUGAGUUUUAAGAAUCGUAACACCUUAUUUAUAUAAAUAACUUAGUUACUACGAGUCGACAAGUAAGGCUAAAAUGCAUAAACUGCGUGUGUCCCGCGUUUGCGUCGCGGAUCGGCCCAUGCACGGCCGUGAAACAUUCGUCGUCGGCGGCGAUGGAUUUUGUUUCGAGGUCGGUGCCAGUGUCCGCGACGAAUGUUUCACCCAUCCGGGGAUGGGGGCCUGAUCCACCGUAUUUAAGAUCCAUGUACAAAGUCUCUUGCCCGUAAGGUUACUUGUGUUGUAAAGUUCACACAUAAUCAUAGUGUCUAGGUCGUACGUACCGGCUAAAUACGCCCGUUAAGACGAUGCUACACGUAGUGAAACGAGAAUUUAACCACCGAUAGCUCAUCUGUAUCUGCCAUCGCCGCUACCAAUCGAUCUGAUCGGGGGUCAAUCAAUCCUCGCCUGAUCGAGAAUCGACGGACGGACGCCGCGGAAAUUGCCAGUAUUGGUAUUUCCAGGAGGAAUCGCCGAAGACGAAACUCGCGGGAGGGCUGAACCGACGUGGAAUUUAACGCACGACGGUUCACCGGCGAUUCUCGAUCGACGAGUCGGGUCAACUCGCGUGAGUACCGCGAAUUUAAACGAAAAAGAAAUGAAAAAAUAAAAAGUCAACGGACAGGAUUCCGGGGUGGGUUCGAGGGGCGGGUUUCCGUA